CUUUUUCCUGGGAUGUCACUGUACACUGUUAAUCGUCGUAUUCCUGGUGGCCGUGGGAGGAGGAAUCAUGGCUCUACUGUUCAAACUCUCUGUAAUAGAUGACUUCCAGAACAAGAUGAAAGACACUCUGGUCACCAAAUAUGGUUUUCACAUAGACUCUCCAGAAAACAAAAUAGUUACGGAUAUUUGGAAUGUUAUGCAGAGAAAGUUACAGUGCUGUGGGGUCUCGGGUAACGCCAAUUCCUCCACGUCCUGGGCCAUAUACAAACUCGAAUCUCAUUGGUAUACACAAUUUGUGACAGGUCGACCUUACGUACCAGAUACAUGUUGCAGGCCGUUCAGCGACGAUAAUAUAUGUACAGGUCUCCGUCCCAUCAAGGGUUUACCCAGCCUGGGUCCCACAGCAUUACAUAAUAUCACCAUGCAGGACAACCCAAACAUCAACACCAAUGGAUGCUCUGAAAAAAUCCAAGACAUUCCAAAGAGAGAUAUCUUGAUAGUUUUGAUAUUUUCAGCUGUGUUAGCCACACUUUCGAUUAUCAACUUGACCAUGUCUUUGUGUCUCUGUAAAAAUCCACGACAGUACGAUUUUAGAUGACGUCAUGCCCUCAUCAACAGCAACUGAACAACGUCAAACGAUAACAAGCUCACAAUUUCGUACAACGCCCGGUCCUUAUAUCUACAGUAUAAGUGACUGAAAAACAAUGCAGGAUCUAAGCGAAUGACCUGACUUGUCUUCAGGUGCUUAUCAGUAACAACUACAAGCAAAACAGGGUGUAAACUCACGACUUCAGAAGACACAAAGCAACAACUACAAAAUCGAAACAGGACUUAUGCUGAUGUCCUCAGAUAUUUAAAGAAAAUUCCCAUAUCAGCAGCACCUGGAUAAAAACACAAGAUCGAGAGCUAUAUAUAGCGACGACACCAAAUUUUUUUCACUGAUAAGAGUGCGCGGAAGCAAAUGACAUCUGGGCAUAUAAUCAACAAGGACAUGAAACACAGGCCAGAAAUUAGUGACUCUAUCAACGAUUGGGUCAUAUUGAUGAUAUUCACCAGAAUUGGCAGACAGAUUAGAAUUACAGGUCAUUAUUCUGCUAGUAUUUUGAUGGUAUUCGUCUGCCGCAAUGUAGCUGACAUUUUUUUUUUGUUUUAUUUGGUUUCAAAUUGUGACAAACGUACAUACAUGUAAGCUUAUUUUUACAAAUGAACCUGGGGAAAUAUUAAUAUAUCGGAUAACAGGUUUUAAUUAAAUAUUUCUAUUGUGUAUAUAGUGCAAUGUAAUUUAAAUUUAUUUUGAUCUCGGGAUAUGAUUACCUUUUGAAGAUGUCUUUCGGGUAGUUUUGCUGUAGAUCCACUUUAUGAAAACUUUAAGUAUUCUAUUAUCUCUGAUUCGUUUGCCGGCCAGAACCAUACUAGCUUGGUCAUCAUGCAUCUUACAGGGGUGGUUAGAUGUGUUGAUACAAAGAACAUUUUAACGCAUAAAUAAAUGGUUAAUUUUAACAGAAAUCUGUUGUCCGAGUGAUGCUAGAAUGUAUUCUAUUAUAGCAUUAUAUGUAUUUUUGUAUUGUAUUAUAUUAAUUCAGCAUAAAAAUUGCGUUAGACUAACAGGAUAUUAUACUGAAUAUGACAUAAUAUUGCGUUAUAAUGGCAAAAUGCAUUUUAACAUUACUCAAACAACCGACGUUCUGUUAAAAUUAAGAGAGUAUUUUUGGAGUGCAUACCGUCAUAGUCACGACAAGUUGUCAACAUUCAUGGAAAUUAACUUCAUGGCUGAAUACUGUGUGUGUGUGUGUGGUACCUUGGGGGAUUAUAGAGCGGAAACCCUACAAGGAACGCCACCUAUAGGGAA